UACGGCAUAGAGUGUGCUCCCAUUGGCUGCAGUUCGUCUAGCUCCUCUCGCUCCAUCGUCUCGGAUGCAGCAGGGGAGCUAUAGCUACUAGCUGGCUGGCCGGGGGAGGGCGUCGGAUAAAAGCAAGGGAACAAGGGAUGGUCCAAAGAAAGCUUUGGCCGCGCUGCCAUCUCGCCUAAAUAAAACUCUCCCCCACGCUCACCCCACUCCUCCACCACCAGCCAAAUGCUCCUCUCCUCUUCCUCCUCCUUCCUCACUGGCUCAGCUCCACUGUAAAGAAGAACUCAUCAGCAGAGCUCCCUGUACACACUGCGGCGCUCAGCUCAGCUGCUGAGCUGAGCUUAGUACGUGAGUGAGGUUCAAGCCGCCGAUUGAUCAAGUAAAGCAAGAAACAGAGGAAGAGAGAGCUCGGAGAAGAUGAUUACGGCGGCGGACUUCUACCACGUGAUGACGGCGGUGGUGCCGCUGUACGUGGCCAUGAUCCUGGCCUACGGGUCCGUCAAGUGGUGGCGCAUCUUCACGCCCGACCAGUGCUCCGGGAUCAACCGCUUCGUGGCGCUCUUCGCCGUGCCGCUCCUCUCCUUCCACUUCAUCUCCAGCAACAACCCGUACACCAUGAACCUCCGCUUCAUCGCCGCCGACACGCUGCAGAAGCUCAUGGUGCUCGCCAUGCUCACGGCCUGGAGCCACCUCUCCCGCAGCGGCUCCCUCGAGUGGACCAUCACGCUCUUCUCCCUCUCCACGCUCCCCAACACGCUCGUCAUGGGGAUCCCCUUGCUCAAGGGCAUGUACGGGGACUUCUCCGGGUCCCUCAUGGUCCAGAUCGUCGUGCUCCAGUGCAUCAUCUGGUACACCUUGAUGCUCUUCAUGUUCGAGUACCGUGGCGCCAGGAUGCUCAUCACGGAGCAGUUCCCGGAUACUGCUGGAGCCAUCGCGUCCAUUGUUGUUGACCCGGAUGUGGUUUCGCUUGAUGGACGGAGGGACGCCAUUGAGACGGAGGCAGAGGUGAAGGAGGACGGGAAGAUCCAUGUCACCGUGCGCCGGUCGAACGCGUCCAGGUCGGAUGUUUACUCGAGGAGAUCCAUGGGGUUCUCGAGCACGACGCCGCGGCCGAGUAAUUUGACCAACGCCGAGAUCUACUCGCUGCAGUCGUCCAGGAACCCCACGCCCAGAGGGUCGAGCUUCAACCACACGGAUUUUUACUCCAUGGUGGGGAGGAGCUCGAACUUUGGUGCGGCGGAUGCUUUCGGGGUAAGGACGGGCGCCACGCCGAGGCCGUCCAACUACGAGGACGACGCGCCGCCGAAGCAGCCGGCGCAGGGCAAGUACCAGAUCCCGGGUGCCGCGAUUAAUGGCGCGGCGGCGGGGCAGUACCCGGCGCCGAACCCGGCGGUGGCGGCGCCCAAGAGGAAGGUGGCCACGGCGAACGGGCAGGGCAAGGGCGGCGGCGAGGACUUGCACAUGUUCGUGUGGAGCUCCAGCGCGUCGCCCGUGUCGGACGUCUUCGGCGGCGGCGGCGGUCCGGACUACAACGACGCGGCGGCAGCCAAAUCUCCCCGCAAAAUGGAUGGAGGAGCCAAGGAGAGGGAGGACUACGUGGAGCGCGACGAGUUCAGCUUCGGGAACAGGGGCGGCGCGAUGGAGAGGGACGCGGAGGCCGGCGACGAGAAGGCCGCUGUGGGCGGCGGUAAUGGCGGUGCAGCGGCGGCGGCGAUGCCUCCGACGAGCGUGAUGACGCGGCUGAUCCUGAUCAUGGUGUGGCGCAAGCUCAUCCGCAACCCCAACACCUACUCCAGCCUCAUCGGCCUCAUCUGGUCGCUCGUCUGCUUCAGGUGGAACUUCGAGAUGCCGGCAAUCGUCCUCAAGUCCAUCUCGAUCCUGUCGGAUGCAGGGCUCGGAAUGGCCAUGUUCAGUCUCGGGCUGUUCAUGGCGCUGCAGCCCCGGAUCAUCGCGUGCGGGAACAAGGUGGCGACGUACGCCAUGGCCGUGCGCUUCUUCGCCGGCCCGGCCGUCAUGCUCGCCGCCUCCUUCGCCGUCGGGCUCCGCGGCACGCUCCUGCACGUCGCCCUCGUCCAGGCAGCGCUGCCUCAGGGCAUUGUCCCCUUCGUCUUCGCAAAGGAGUACAGCGUGCACCCUGACAUUCUCAGCACAGCGGUCAUAUUUGGCAUGCUCAUCGCCUUGCCCAUCACGCUCGUCUACUACAUCGUGCUCGGGCUCUUCUGAGCAUCGCCGCUCCGCGUCGAUCGGCGGCGUGUAAAGGAUCGAUCGCUGCCGCUGCAGCAAGUCCAGGAGCAGCGGCAGCGUCCAGCAGAAGAGGAGGCGCCACAGGAGGAAUUCGUAGAGCUAUAAACGAGGGGGGCUUCAUUUCUUCUUCCUCUGAUUCUCUCUUUCUCUAGAACAACACGAACGGUAGCUUAGGUAGGACAAUGGCGAGUCAAGACUCGAAAGGGCAGGUGCAAGUACAAAAGCUUUGGGGGGCGGGGGACAGGGGAUCGAUCCGGUUCAAGGUUGUCGCAGGCAGAAUGGGUUCGGUGCUGAAAUUAAGGGGUUGGUUAGCGAGUUUUGGUUGGCUACUCUGACCCUCUGUAAACUGGAUGAUGAUGCUAUUCUGAUUGAUAACCGAGAGAUAUCAUCAUCGGCCUUGUGUUUGCUCGUU